GCAUCCCGCCCUGAGGACCUCGGAGAGGACCCCGAGUCCCUUCUGCGGGCUGCGUGUGUGGGAGGGGCUGAGAAGCGGACUACCAAGGGGCCAAGGGAUGAGCUGGGGUCCGCCUUCCCAAUGGCAUCUCCCCCUGGUCUGGAGCUGAAGACACUGAGCAAUGGGCCCCAGGCCCCAAGGAGACCAGCAUCUCUGGGUCCAGCAGCCCCACCCAGGGAGGGUGUGGAGAAUGCCUGCUUCUCUUCCGAGGAACAUGAGUCCCAUUUCCAGAACCCUGGGGACGCCAGACCAGGCCGCUCCCCCAGCCCUCCUGGGGGCCUUGGCCCCUCACGGCCCCGAUCCCAGAGAGACGACGUGUCCCUGCAUUCAGAAGAGGGGCCAGGCCUGGAGCCUGUGAGCCGCCCGGUGGAUUAUGGCUUCGUGUCUGCUCUGGUUUUCCUGGUGAGCGGGAUCCUCUUGGUGGUGACUGCGUACGCCAUCCCCCGCGAGGCUCGCGUCAACCCGGACACAGUGUCAGCGCGGGAGAUGGAACGGCUGGAGAUGUACUAUGCACGCCUGGGCUCACACCUGGACAAGUGCAUCAUCGCGGGCCUGGGGCUGCUCACGGUGGGCGGCAUGCUCUUGUCCGUGCUGCUGAUGAUCUCCCUGUGCAAGGGCGAGCUGUACCGCCGGCCCACCUUCGUCCCGGGCAGGGGCUCCAGGAAGACCUACGGCUCUAUCAACCUGCGCAUGAGACAGCUCCAUGGGGACGGGGGCCAGGCCCUGGUGGAGAACGAAGUCGUCCAGGUCUCAGAGACCAGCCACGCCCUCCAGGGAUCUUAAAGGAGCAGCAAGUGUUCAAAAGAGGUCAGAGGAGAGACCUCUUGGAACUGGAUGUAAGUUUAAAUUGGACUGGACUGAGUUUGAAAAUCAAAGUGACCAUUCAGUUUUUGGUUGAAUCCUAGAUGCUGAGAUGAGAAAGGGGGAUCUGACAUAGAGGUUAGCUGGAUAAAACACAACACUUCAUGUUUCUACAUUUCAGUGAACUCAUUAUGCAUUAUACACAUUAGAUGAUCUAAUUUUAAAUGAAAUACUGUGUUCUUUCUGUGCCAGGCACUAAGUCUUUGCAUCUGCUAGUUCAUUUAAACCUCACAACCAUCUUGGAGAGUGGGUGCUAUCAUUAAUUCCCUUUUACAGAUGAGUAAGCUAAAGCACAGGCAGGCAAAGUGACUUUCUCAAGGUCACACUAGUAAAUAGCAGACUCAACUAUAAUAGCAUGCAGGCCAGUCAGGGCAUGUUUGCAGAUCUGGGCUGUAGGCUGCCACCGAGGCUUGUGGUAUAGAUGUCAAGUGGGAAGCUCUGUGGGGGAUAAGAGGGGACAGUUGGGGCAGCACCAAACUUGGACAGGCCCAUGUCCUACUUAAAUCAUGGAAUCUCAUAGGUCAGCGGGAUCUUUGAGAAUCCUUGGAAGAUCAAGUCCACCAUUAUCCCCAUUUUACUACUGGGGAAAACCAAGGGGAGAGGUGGGACUUGCCCAGGGGCCCCAUGGCUCAAGCCCCCUCUCUUCUUCUGAGGCUUCUCAUGUGAAUUUAUGUCAUAGACAUCAAGAAGCCUAGAGGAUGAUGCUGAGCUCCUGUGGUUCUAAUCUGGAGGGCGGGCGGGCAGGGCUCUGUCUUGUAGGCAGAAUACCUAGGUUCAUCCUUUUUAGGGAUGCCUGCCUGUCCCGGAGGAGGGCCACCCUGGACUGGGGAGCAGUCGACACUGGCCUACCCUGGCCCAAAGGCUUCCUCAGCAGCUGCGCGUAGGUGGGAGCUGACCAGGGUGCUGAACCUGCAUGGCCCCAUCCUCUUACAGCCUGGCUGAGGGGAGAAAAAGAGGGAGGGACGAUUUUUUUGGGUCAUAUUUUCAUCACUCAGAGACCAACAUGACUGUUAUGGGUAAUGUCUGAUACACAAGUUUUGGGCUAGGAUUUCUUUGUGGUCUUUGUGGCAGAGGGAGGGUCACUCAACUGCUCUGGAUACGCUUUUUCAUCUGUUCAAUGGGAAGAGUAGCUCCCAUCCUACCAAAGUCAGAAGACUGGGGUGAGCAUCAUUUGAGGUCAGAUGACAGAGCCCUGCACGGAGCCCAAGGCCAUGUCUAGGCCAGUGACGCCUCUCAGGAGGUCAUCCUGACAGGCUUUGUGGCCUGUUCCUUCCUCUGUGGGAUAGGGGUUGGUCUGGGUGGUUUCAGGUGUGCCUAACCUGGGUGCUUGGGUGCUGUGGCUGUAAGUGGAAGUGCUCAGAAACAUGAGAUACACUUUGCAAUAGGACUGACUUCAGAGUCCUGGGCCAUCUUGGGAAUUAUGCAGCAUUGUUCCUUUCUCGUAUCAGUCCUGACUUGUUUUCCGGCUUCAGGAAUGGAUUUUGCCCAUGCCUCUCCUCUGGACAAGAUGUGGGGUCUAGGUAUAGCAGUUUUACUAAAAAGAGCACCAGUUUUAGAACCAGGCUGACUCGGGUCCUCAUCACGGCUCUGCCACUCCUCAAGGAACAAACCCAGCACCACUUCAACUAAGCUGCUAACAAUGUUUACCUUGGGAACAGCUAGGUGUACUACACGAGACUAGGAGUUUGGCACACUGAGGGCAUCAGAUACAGUUAUUCUCUUCACUGAAUAGCAGUCCAAGGUUUCCUUCCUCUUGUUCAUGAAGUGAAAGUCAUUCAGUCAUGUCUGACUCUUUGCAACCCCAUGGACUGUGGCCCACCAGGCUCCUCUGUCCUUGGAAUUUUCCAGGCCAAAAUACUGGAGUGGGUAGCCGCUCCCUUCUCCAGGGGAAUCUUCCCAACCCAGGGAUCAAAUCCAGGUCUCUUGCAUUGCAGGUGGAUUCUUCACCAUCUGAGCCACCGGUGAAGCCCUCUUGUCCAUGAACCUCCAGUCUUAUCUACCUAUAUGGAUUCAGUAAUGAUAGCUGGUACCCACGGGGCUCCUGCUAUCUGUCUGUAAGACACAUUAUUUGGUUGGGUCCUGCAACAAUCCUGAAGGUAGAUGUGAUGCUCAUUUUGCAGAUAAAGUCACACACCAGCAAACGGAGAGUUGGGAGUCCUAACUACUCCUGCUUGAUUCCAAGAAUCCUGCUUGCCUUCUUGAGCAAAUUACUGAAACUUUUCAAACCCUCUUUUUCUGGCCUGGAAAAAAUGGGGAUAGUAUUUCCUUAUAUUAGAUAUGAUAAAUGCUAUUUUACAAGGGUACAUCCAUAUUUAAAAACAUAUCAAACAAACACAUUGAGUGGUAUGGGAGAAAGGAAUGGAGAGGUUACAGGGGGAAAACAGAAAACAGUUAAAAUGAGGAGGUUCUUGCAUUAGUCAUAGUAUGUCAUCAACCAAGACUGAUGAUUCUUUUCACCUGCUACUCAGGUAAACAGAGAAGAUUUAAGGUUUGUACACUAGAGAGUUUCAGACUUUAAAGUGCACACAAACCACUUGGACAACUUGAUAAAGUGCAGAUUCUCAUUUAAUAGGCCUGGGUGGGGCCCGAGAUUCCACAUUUCUAACAAGUUUCUAGGUGAUGCUGCUGGUUUGAGUAGCAAGGAUGUGUAUAGCCUUCCCUUCGCUUCUCAGGAAUUCUCAAACUGGUCUGUCAGAUGAAUCACCUGAGGAACUUAUAAAAAAUGGACUUAAGGGCCCUUCCCUAGUGAUUUGGAUCCAGGUCUGGGUUGGGGCCCAAGAUGUACUGUGUCCUUCAAGCAUUUCAGGAGAGACUGAGAGGCUUGGGCAAGCUGGAGAAGCCUGGCUGUGGUGCUCAUCUCUAUCAAGGCCCAUGCUAUAGGGAUGUUAAUACACAGGAGACUGGCUUGUCAGACCUCUGUCCCAAACGUGCCUUCCUGGGACAAGCAGGAAAAGGGGGAAAAGGCCAUUUCCCAGGCUCCUUUGCAGCUAUGGUUUAAGAGUUGAUGUAGGUUCCAGCUGUCAGAUGAAGGCAGCCAAGCCUUGCACUUGGAACUGAGGUGAGAGGAAGUGGGGGGGAGGUGGUCAAGGUGGCAGCACAAGGGGCAUUCUUCGGGCACAGAUCCAGGCAGUUGCUGUGUGGCUCUGCAGUUUCCUGAUCCCCAGAUCAAGACAAUGGUGAUGUGAUCUUGCUGCUGCCUACAUUCAAACCUUCUUGUUUCAAAAAGCUAAAGUAGUUUCUGCUCCCUGCAGCCCUCCCUGUCUCUCCUCUUUCAGAACCCUGUCGCACAACACUCACCCUAUGUGGUUAGUAUGGAACCUGGCCUUUCCCACGGUCAUCCAAAGUCUGAGGCUGGGCCUUCCACUUUGUACCUGCCAGCUAACCCUGCCACUAGUGGGGCAGGCCUCAUGUCACUGCUGCUCUCUGCACCCUAGUAUCCUUGGUCACCUGGGUCUUGCACUCCUCUAUAGCCACCAUCCUCACUGCCUGCCACUCCUACUUGUGACCUACCCUCUGGGUGAGGCUCAGGGCUCGGCACAGCUGGAGACUUAGGGUAUCCCAAGGACAAACAGGGGCUGGGGGGCUUGGAUGCCGCCCCUUGAAUCUCUCUUUUGGUGCAAAAAGUCAACAGCGGGCCUUAAGAAUGUAAGUUUUAUAUUAGACAAAGCUGAGGAUAUGCAUGUGAGGGAUCUUUCAUCUCCUUGGUGGUGGGACCUGUCUCAUUGGAACUGCCCAAAGUAGACAAGGUUACAAGGCGACAGACAGUAACUGCUCCACAGACUCUAAUUUUUCUUCUGUGAAGAGGCAAGGAUCAGUAAUAGAAUGUCAUUAAUGAGUAGAAAGGGAAGCUAUGAAGGAAUCUGGAUUUCAAAGAAUGAAGUUGUUAUUAUAGGGCUUGCUACCCGAUUUCUAACUGCAUGUCAACAGUUAGAAAUCCUGUCCCAUCCAGCACAGGAAUAUAAAAUCUGUUUUGAACAUAAUGCCUGCUUGGAGUCAGGGUCUUGAGACCAGUGACUUCACCAUGGAGGCUGACAGCUCACGAUGAGCAGAUAAAUGCAAUGCAAUGAAAAACACAUCCAGCUCUAAGAAUAAGGAACAACACAAGGCAAGGAAGAGGAGUUGGAGAUGAGGAGACUGCCAGAGAUGGUACAUGUGGUCUAUGUCACUUCAAAAGACAAAUAUUUAGAACUAGAUGUUUAUUUUACUUGUAAGCCACUGGAUCAACAUAAAUAUUUCAAAACAAGCAAAACAAGCAAAAGUGCUUGUUUCCAGGUCUCACCAGACCUGGAAAGCUCAUGGUAACUUCCCUAUAGACAGGACCUUUCUCCUAAAUCACAUGCAGCCCUGAAACUUACCCAAAAGUCAAACUUUAACUCCUCUGCAUCUCACCAGUCAUCCCAAGGUGGCUAUUACCAAAGCCACAGUCUUCGGUCUCUGUCUUGUUUGACCUAGGUCAGAAUUCCUUGUUUUUUUAAGAGAGGACAAAACCACAAUGAGAUACCACUUUACACCCACUAGGAUACCUAUACAUAAAAAGACUAACAAGUACUGGUGAGGAGAUGGGUCAGGCCACUCAUACUCUGCUAAUGGGAAUAUCAAAUGGCAUGGUCACUUUGGGAAACAGUGUGGCAGUUCCUCAAAAAUGAAACACAGAGUUACCAUAUGAUCCCACAAUUCCACUCCAAGAGAAUGGAAAACAUAUGACCAAACAAAAACUUGUACAUAAAUGUUCAUAGCAGCCUUAUUCAUAAUAGCCAAAAAGUUGGAACAACCUGUCCAUCAACUGAUAAAUGGAUAAAGAAAAUGUGGAAUAUUAUUCAGCCAUUAAAAUAAAUGAAUUACUGAUACACGCUACAGCAUGGAUGGACCCUGCAAACGUUAACUGAAAGAAACAAAACAUGAAAGACCACAUAUUGUGUGAUUCCAUGUGUAAGAACUGUCCAGAAUAGGCAUAUCUUUAGAGACAGAAAACAGACGAGUGGUUACUUGGGGCUGGGAGAAGGGAAUGGAGGGUGACUGUUAAUGGGUAUGAGAUUUCUUUUGGGAUGAUGAAAUGUGCAGAACUCAGAUAUGGUGAUGGGUGCACAACACUGUGAAUGUACUAAAAACACUGAAUUGUACACUUUAAAAAACAUGAACUUUAUGCGUAUGUGAACUGUAGCUCAAUAAAGCUGUUAUUUU